CGUGUGGGUGAGGGACAGAGCGGACGCAAGCGACGGAGCAGAGCCGAGUGCGGUGUCCCGCGGCUGGUAAGAACGCAGCGGCAGCAGUACCGGCAGCGCGGAAGGCUCCCAGGGCCCGUCGGAGCGAGAGACCUCCUUUUUGGGGUGCCACCCCGGAGUAAGAGCGGAGAAGAUCCGGGCGAGUACGGGGAGGCUGUCCUGCGCUGGGCCUCGUGGGACCGGCGGGGAAGAUGGCCGACGCUUUCGGGGAUGAGCUCUUCAGCGUGUUUGAGGACGCGGCCGCCUCCGGCGCCAAGAAGAGCAAAGCAGGCGCUACGGAGAACGCCAAGAGACCAGGAAAACGUUUGGAGGAGAAGUCUCCAAAGCCUGUGACAGGGAAGACGAAAAGGGAAGCUGAGGUCAAUAGUACUGAAGAUACUAUUUUAGGAAAAAAGCCAAAAUUGGAAGAUGUUCUUUCAGAAGAUGCUAAUCUGGCAGACCUGAUGCCUCAAGUAAAGGUGCAAGCUGUGGAAACCGUGGAAGGGUGUACACAUGAGGUUGCACUUCCAGCAGAGGAAGACUUCACAGGCUUGAAGCCAAGAACUGGAAAAGCUGCAAAAGAAUAUCCGUUUAUUCUUGAUGCUUUUCAGAGAGAAGCUAUUCUUUGUGUAGAUAAUAACCAAUCUGUAUUGGUUUCAGCUCAUACUUCAGCUGGUAAAACUGUUUGUGCAGAGUAUGCAAUUGCCCUAGCUUUGAGGGAGAAACAACGUGUGAUAUUUACAAGUCCAAUUAAAGCUCUGAGUAAUCAGAAGUAUCGUGAGAUGUAUGAAGAAUUUCAAGAUGUUGGUUUGAUGACUGGGGAUGUUACUAUCAAUCCUACAGCUUCUUGUCUGGUAAUGACAACUGAGAUUUUGAGAAGUAUGCUCUACAGAGGCUCUGAAGUUAUGCGAGAAGUUGCAUGGGUUAUUUUUGAUGAAAUCCACUACAUGAGAGAUUCGGAACGUGGUGUGGUUUGGGAAGAGACAAUUAUUUUGCUCCCUGACAAUGUUCAUUAUGUGUUUCUUUCUGCAACUAUUCCAAAUGCCCGUCAGUUUGCUGAAUGGAUCUGCCAUCUUCACAAACAGCCUUGCCAUGUGAUUUAUACUGACUAUCGACCCACUCCACUGCAGCACUAUAUAUUCCCAGCAGGAGGUGAUGGACUUCACCUAGUUGUUGAUGAAAAUGGAGAUUUCAGAGAAGAUAAUUUUAAUACAGCAAUGCAAGUACUUAGAGAUGCAGGAGACUUGGCAAAAGGGGACCAGAAAGGCAGGAAAGGAGGAACAAAAGGUCCUUCAAAUGUUUUUAAGAUUGUGAAGAUGAUCAUGGAAAGGAAUUUCCAACCUGUGAUUAUUUUCAGCUUCAGUAAGAAAGACUGUGAAGCCUAUGCACUUCAGAUGACAAAGUUAGAUUUCAAUACAGAUGAAGAAAAAAAGAUGGUUGAAGAAGUGUUCAAUAAUGCGAUCGAUUGUCUGUCAGAUGAAGACAAAAAGCUUCCUCAGGUUGAGCAUGUACUUCCUCUUCUGAAGCGAGGAAUUGGUAUCCAUCAUGGUGGUCUGCUUCCUAUUUUGAAAGAAACCAUAGAAAUUCUUUUCUCUGAGGGCCUAAUAAAGGCCUUAUUUGCAACAGAGACUUUUGCUAUGGGAAUUAAUAUGCCAGCCAGGACUGUGCUGUUUACGAGUGCCAGCAAAUUUGAUGGAAAAGAUUUCCGAUGGAUAUCCUCAGGUGAAUACAUUCAAAUGUCAGGUCGUGCAGGACGCCGAGGUAUGGAUGACAGAGGAAUAGUAAUUCUUAUGGUGGAUGAAAAAAUGAGUCCAACGAUUGGCAAGCAGCUCUUAAAGGGUUCAGCUGAUCCUUUGAACAGUGCAUUUCACCUGACAUACAACAUGGUAUUGAACUUGCUUCGGGUAGAAGAAAUUAACCCUGAAUACAUGUUAGAAAAAUCCUUCUAUCAGUUCCAACAUUACAGAACUAUUCCAGAAAUAGUAGAAAGAGUGAAUAAUUUGGAAGCACAGUACAAUAAGAUAGCAAUUCCCAAUGAAGAAAAUAUGGUCAUAUACUACAAAAUCCGCCAGCAGCUUGCAAAACUGGGUAAAGAGAUUGAGGAAUAUAUUCACAAACCAAAGUAUUGCCUGCCCUUUCUACAGCCAGGAAGACUGGUGAAGGUGAAGAAUGAAGAUGAUGACUUUGGAUGGGGAGUGGUUGUUAAUUUCUCUAAGAAAUCGAAUGUUAAGCCAAAUUCUGGUGAAUUGGACCCAUUAUAUGUAGUUGAAGUACUACUGCACUGCAGCAAAGAGAGUUUGAAAAAUUCCGCUACUGAAGCUGCAAAGCCAGCCAGACCUGAUGAGAAAGGAGAGAUGCAGGUUGUUCCUGUAUUGGUACAUCUUCUGUCAGCUAUCAGCAGUGUUCGACUUUACAUACCAAAAGACCUGAGGCCUAUUGAUAACAGGCAGAGUGUGUUAAAAUCUAUACAAGAAGUACAGAAGCGAUUUCCUGAUGGUGUACCUUUACUAGACCCCAUUGAUGACAUGGGCAUCAAAGACCAAGGACUGAAAAAAGUAAUCCAAAAAGUGGAGGCAUUUGAGCACAGGAUGUAUUCACAUCCUCUUCACAAUGAUCCCAACCUGGAAACUGUGUACAAACUUUGUGAAAAAAAAGCACAGAUUGCUAUAGAUAUCAAAGCAGCAAAGCGAGAACUGAAAAAAGCCAGAACCGUCUUACAAAUGGAUGAACUCAAAUGCCGCAAGCGUGUCCUGAGAAGACUGGGGUUUGCCACCUCUUCAGAUGUUAUUGAGAUGAAAGGACGGGUUGCUUGUGAAAUCAGCAGUGCUGAUGAACUGCUCCUGACAGAAAUGAUGUUCAAUGGUCUCUUCAAUGACUUGUCUGCAGAACAGGCAACUGCACUACUGAGCUGUUUUGUAUUUCAAGAGAAUUCCAGUGAAAUGCCAAAAUUGACAGAGCAGUUGGCAGGACCACUUCGGCAAAUGCAGGAGUGUGCAAAAAGAAUCGCCAAAGUGUCGGCAGAAGCAAAACUCGAAAUCGAUGAAGAAAACUACUUAAACUCUUUCAGACCCAACCUAAUGGAUGUUGUGCAUACCUGGGCAAAUGGAGCUAACUUUGCUCAUAUCUGCAAAAUGACAGAUGUCUUUGAAGGUAGUAUAAUUCGCUGCAUGAGAAGGUUAGAAGAAUUGCUUCGGCAGAUGUGCCAGGCUGCAAAAGCCAUUGGAAACACUGAGCUGGAAAAUAAGUUUGCAGAGGGGAUUACAAAAAUCAAGAGAGAUAUUGUAUUUGCUGCAAGCCUUUACCUGUAACAGAAAAUUCUAAGAACAGUACAAGAUUCACAUUAUGGAACAAGUUCAUCAGCUUCACAUGCUACAUCCAUCUCAAGUCAUUAUUUCUUUUAAUGGUGUGCAUUUUUACCAUAGUUGUUUUGUUCAACAAGGCAUGUACAAACAGCAUUGUAAUAUAACUGUUACAAUGUUUUCAAUAAAAAUUUACAUUUUUAGAAGAAAAAGCCAUUCAGCAAGAGCUUGAACCAAUAGAAAUUCAAAGUUUAGAAAUACAGUAACUGUAGUAGAUGUUAUUAUAUACAGGUAAAGUGAGCAUCCAAGAGCAGCAGCAGUCCUUUAAAGGCAUUUACUUAUAUUACACAAUUAGACUUAUGAAAUUGUUUUCCUUUCAGAGAGCAAGGCAGAUGAGAUGGGUCACUCUUCAUGGCUGAUGAUUGCUGCCAAAGUGAUUUCCAUUAGUUGGAGUCUCAUUUAGGGUCGUAUGGGAAUCUUCUUUUGGUUUAAAUGUACAUCCUCUCACCUUGAAGAAGUCUGACACGUACACAACCUAAGCAAACAAAUUAAGGGUUAAGCUGCUGCGCUUUUAAGUCUUCUAAACUAGCUGGAAAUGCAAAAACUAAUUAAAAAAACAUUUUAAAACCUGAUUAAAACAUCCCACUGGCUAUUUAGACACUGAUGGCUUAUGCCAGAUUCAAAAGGCCUGUGUGCUCAAAACUGACUGCCUGCUGAGGGUGCACAUGGCCCAUGGGGUUAAAAUUACUGUGUCGUUUAGAACAGGAAAGCCUAUCCUUUUGUCUGGGGAAGAGGGUUCAGUAGUUAGUCACAGCAAGUCACUGCUCUUCAUCCAUUGCUUUAAAAGCUGGUUAAACCAAGCUUGGGUUCCUCUCCUUGGCACAACUAACAGCACCUCCCUCCCACAGCUCCAGCAGCUGUGAGGGCAGCUCUGCCACCAUUGUCCUUUCCUGCAUUCCUUCAAACAUUGCAGAAGAGAUUGUAGGGGUAGGACUGUGCUUUAGUCAACUGGCAGGCAUUUAAUGACAGAUAUUGCAGAAAGUUUCCCAGAGCUGCUGAGAUUUGCUUUGAUGAUUACCACUGCAACAAGUAAAGAAAAGCUUUGUC